UGACUUGGAAGGCACAAGCCUUUAAUCCCAGCACUUGGGAGGAGGAAACAGAAAGUGAUAUGGCUGGGUACAGAGAGGAAGUGAUAAGGCGGGGUGGAGACAAGGGCUCAGCCCCUUUAGGUCUGAGGAUUUGGUAGAGGUAAGAAGUCCUUCCAGUGGCUGGAUGCUCUGCUUCUCUGAUCUUUUAAGCUUUCACUCUGAUAUUUGCUCUGGGUUUUUAUUAUUAAGACCAAUUAGAAUUCGUGUUACAAUUAGGUAUUGGGCUGGACAAAUAUUUUGCAAGUUUGUCAGAGUUUUGGUGCCAUCUCAAGAUGAGAGAUUAUAGAAAGAGAAGAGGCAGCACAUUCUGAGUGAGGAUGAAAAUGUAAAGUGGCAUCAAGUGCCACUGUGAAUACCCUGGGCAUUAAAAGAAGUUAAUGAAUACAUUGAGCAUCCCCACACCUACUGAGUUACAUUACAAAUAGAAGAAGGAUGACUGUCAUUGAUGCAUUUGUGCCCCUAUGUUUUUGAUAGACUGGCCUCUUAUGUAUGAAUAAGGAAAUGAUUGUUUUGUCCUUAGCUGAGUCAGACACUGACAUGAUAUUAUAGGGCUAUCGGUCAAGAUGCAGCCUUAUGUAUAACUAUGAUAUAUACACAAAUAACCACACUGAGGAGUGUUUCACACAGACUGAUAUUGUAGGAAGGGGGGACAACAGUGAGGCUACUAAACGGUGUAUUCAUAAGUAACAGGAUAAACAAUGUAUAAAAUGCAUAGAGGAAUUAAGACUCAGACAAGAUGUCAAGGGACAGACAGCAGGCUCAUAUGGAAAAUUAUUGUCCCAUAAGCCUUAAGGCAUGGUUUAUGAACAGCAGAAUCCUUGUAGAUGUGUAAGAAGAGUAUGGCUCACAUGAAGUGUUAAUAGAUAAAAACAAGAAUUAUUUAUUCAUUUGUGAGUAUUAAGACAACGCUUACAUUAUAGUGUAGUACUUCACCAUAGGCUAGAUACAUAUCUGAUUUUGUUUUGUUUUGCCUUAGUAUUUUAUUUGUUCUUUGUUUUCUACUUUUUAUUUACAAAGAUGGUCUCUAAAAAUUGCCCAGUCCAGCCCAGUCUUAGCUCUCCAAUCUGUCAGGCAAAAGCCUCUGAGCAGCUAAGAGCAGAUCAGACAUAGUGAGGCUGGUUUCAAACAUUAUAUUAAGAUGUUUUUCAUUCCCACAUUGGAGUCUGGCUUCGUAUUCUAAAGUAAAACUGAGUCAAUGUGAUUAUUUUCAGGAUGUAGGAAGAUUAAAAUCAGAACAUGUGAACCAUAAAUGACCUAUAAACUUAAUACUUCUGUCAAAGGCUCCAACUCACAUUCACCCAUCUCCUGUUUUGGAUCUCAAGGCGAACACCAGCCUCACUCCGCCGGGCUGUUCCACAGGCUCUGUUUCUGCUGACCAAACUCUACAGUGGGUUGCCAGGGAAACUCCAGAAACUGAAAAACAAAACAAAAACAAAAAACCAACAUACCUGGGUUCCCGGAAUUCGGUGCACAGACUUCUGGGAAAUGUAGUCUAUGGGACUGUGACGUCACAGGGAGACUUCCAGGAAAUUCUCUUUUGGCUUUUGGUUUCCACACAUGAAUCUUCCCCAAAGUUGGGCGAGAGUCCUGCCUGCUGUACAUUCCUGUUGCGUCUCUGACAUGGAGGAAAUGCUGUCCUUCUGGGAUGUGGCCAUUGAGUUCUCUGCAGAAGAGAGGGAAUGCCUGGAGCCUGCUCAGUGGAAUUUAUACAGGGAUGUGAUGUUGGAGAAUUACAGCAACCUUGAUUUCCUUGGUCUUGCUGAGUCUAAGCCACACCUGGUGACACUUUUGGAGCAAAGACAGGAAUCUUCAGAUGUGACGAGACAAGCAGCAGCCAACGUGCAGCCAGGAACAACAACCGAUGAUUAUAACAUUUACAACAAGGCCAUUGAUUGUAACUCACCGCAUAUUCAACACCAGAGAAUUCAUACAAAGGAGAAACCCUACAAGUGUAAAGAAUGUGGUAAGGCCCUUAGUUCUCAUAAAACACUUUCCAUACACCAGAGACUUCAUACUGGAGAAAAACCCUAUAAGUGUAAAGAAUGUCAUAAGGCGUUUAGUACUCGCUCAUCACUUUUUAUACACCAGAAAAACCAUACUGAUGAAAAAACUUACAAGUGUGAAGAAUGUGGCAAAUUAUUUUACUAUCCUUCAAUGCUGAAGCAACAUCAAAGAAUUCAUUCUGGAGAAAAACCCUACAAGUGUGAAGAGUGUGGCAGAGCUUUUUAUGAACCAUCAUUCCUUCAGGUGCAUCAGCGAAUUCAUACAGCAGAGAAGAAACACUACAAGUGUGAAGAAUGUGGCAAAUGUUUUUCCUCACUUUUGUACCUUAAACAACAUCAAGCAGUUCACUCCAAAGACAGUCCCUACAAGUGUGAAGAGUGUGGCAAGAGUUUUUCCCAUUCUGCAAAGCUUCAGGAACAUCAUACAAUUCAUAGUGCAGAGAGACCAUACAGGUGUGAAGAAUGUCACAAAGCCUUUCGUUAUCACUCUGGCCUUGAGAACCACAAGGCAGUUCAUACUGGAGAGAAACUUUACAAGUGUAAACUGAGUGGAAAAGAAUUUACUAAGACUGCUUUCCUCAUUGAGGACAAGGCAGCUCAUCUUGCAGAGAAAGCCUACAAGUGCGAAGAGUGUGGCAAGUGCUUCUGCUCAUCUUCAUCGCUUAAACGACAUCAAACAAUCCAUUCUGAAGACAAUCCCUGCAAAUGUGAAGAGUGUGGCAAAAGGUUUUCCUCCUUUGCACACCUUCAAGAGCAUCAGACGGUCCACACUGGAGAGAAAGCCUACAAGUGUAAAGAGUGUGGCAAAUGUUUUUGCUCAUCUUCAUCCCUUAUACGACAUCAACCAAUCCAUUCUGAAGACAAUCCCUACAAGUGUGCAGAGUGUGGUAAAAUGUUGUCCUGUUUUACAAACCUUCAAGAACAUCAGACAAUUCAUACUGGAGAGAAAUCAUACAAGUGUGAAAAAUGUGGCAAAUGUUUUUAUUUAUCUUCAUCCCUUCGGCGCCAUCAAACAAUUCACUCUGAAGACAAUCCCUACAAGUGUGAAGAGUGUGGCAGAUGUUUUUAUUCAUCUUUAUCCCUUAGAGGACAUCAGACAAUCCAUUCUGAAGACAAUCCUUAUACCUGUGCAGACUGUGGCAAACGGUUUUCCUAUUCUAGGAGUUUUCGGGAACAUCAAACAAUUCACACUGGAGAGAAACCCUACAAGUGUGAAGAAUGUCACAAAGCCUUUCAUUAUCUCUCAUCCCUUAGGAAACACAAGAAAGUUCAUACUGGGCAGAAACUCUUCAAAUGUGAAGACUGUGACAGAUGUUUUUCCUCUUCUUCAACCCUUAGACGACAUAAAAAAAAGACCAAAAUUCAUUCUGAAGGCAAUUCUUAAAAGUGUGGGGAAUAUGGCAUAGACUUUGUUAAUCAUUAUAGACUUACUCAACACAUGAUAAUUCAUAUGGGAGAGAAAUCCUACAAAUGUCUUAAAAAGUUUAUUUCUUCAACCCUUAAAACACAUCAAAAGAUUCAUUCUGACUACAAACUCCAUAAGUGUGUGAAGUGUGGUAAAGUCUUUGCUAAGAAUUCAGGUCUUAUCCACUCUAAUGUAUCCAUAGAGGAGAAUAUUAAGUUAAUUAUUUUGGAAUGUCAACACAAACAUCUAAUUAUCAAGAGCACAAACACUAAGCAUGUCAUCAGAGAAGAGCAUGGUAGCCACGGGCACCAGCCACCCGCCAGUGUUGCUGCGCAACCAACAUUGGUGCCGUUCAGACUCGGAUACAUCACCAAGACCUGCUGUGACUGCUACCACUUGCUGCCUCCUCCACCAUCCAGCAAGACUGCCGAGACCGAGAACAGGAAUUCCUUUGCUCAGCCUUCUGGGAAAUGUAGUCCGUGCGACUGUGACAUCACAGGGAGCCGACCAAGAAAUCCCCUUCCGGCGUCUAGCACUCGCAGGUACAGCUUCUUCGAAGUUUGGCGAGAGUCCUGCGCUACACAACGAGUCUCAGACAUGGAGGAAAUGCUGUCAUUCUGGGAUGUGGCUAUUGAUUUCUCUCCAGAAGAGAGGGAAUGCCUGGAGCCUGCUCAGUGGAAUUUGUACAGGGAUGUGAUGUUGGAGAAUUACAGCAACCUUGUGUUCCUUGGUCUUGCUAUGUCUAAGCCAUACCUAGUGACAUUUUUGGAGCAAAGACAAGAGCCUUCAUAUGUGAAGAGACAAGAAGCAGCCAAUGUGCAUCCAGGAAUAACCACCAAUGAUUAUAACAUUUACAAGACCAUUGAUUUUAACUCACUGUAUAUUCAACGCCAGAGAAUUCAUAAAAGGGAGAAACUCUACAAGUGUGAAGAAUGUGGUAAAGGCCUUAGUUCUCAUAAAACACUCUCCAUACACAAGAGACUUCAUACUGGAGAAAAAUCCUACAUGUGUAUAGAAUGUCAUAAGACCUUUAAUACUCGUGAAUCACUUUUUAUACACCAGAAAAAUCAUACUGAUGAAAAAUCCUACAAGUGUGAGGAAUGUGGCAAAUUAUUUUACUAUCCUUCAAUGCUGAAGCAACAUCAAAGAAUUCAUUCUGGAGAGAAACCCUACAAGUGUGAAGAAUGUGGCAAGUCCUUUUAUACUCCUUCAGUGCUGAAACAACAUCAACGAAUUCAUACUGGAGAGAAACCAUACAAGUGUAUAGAAUGUGGCAAAGCUUUUUAUGAAUCAUCAAUCCUUCAGGUACAUAAGCGAAUUCAUACUGCAGAGAAACCCUACCAGUGUGAAAAAUGUGGCAAGUGUUUUUGUUCAUCUUCAUACCUUAGACAACAUCAAAUAAUCCAUUUUGAACAAAAACCCUACAAGUGUGAAGAGUGUGGCAAGUGUUUUUGUUCAUCUUCAUCCCUUAGACGACAUCAAACAAUCCAUUCUGAAGAUAGUGCGUACAAGUGUGAAGAGUGUGGCAAACGGUUUUCCUACUUUUCACAUCUUCAAGCACAUCAGAGAGUCCACACUGGAGAGAAACCAUACAAGUGUGAGGAGUGUGGUAAAUGUUUUUCCUCAUGUUCAUCUCUUAGAAAACAUCAACCAAUCCAUUCUGAAGGGAAUCACUACAAGUGUGAAGAGUGUGGUAAGUGCUUUUCCUUAUCUUCAUCUCUUAGACGACAUCAAACAAUUCACUGGGAAGACAAUCCCUACAAGUGUGAAGUGUGUGGCAGACGUUUUUGCUCAUCUUCAUCCCUUAGAGGACAUCAAACAAUCCAUUCUGAAGACAAUCCUUAUAUGUGUAUACACUGUGGCAAACGGUUUUCCUGUUCUAGGCGUCUUCAAGAACAUCAAACAGUUCAUACUGGAGAGAAACUAUACAAGUGUGAAGUAUGUCACAAAGCCUUUUGUUAUCGAUCAGGCCUUAGGAGACACAAGAGAGUUCAUACUGGAGACAAACCCUAAAAGUGUGAAGAGUGUGAUGAUGCUUUUCCUUAUUUUUAACUUUUAGACGACAUUAAAAAAAAUUCAUUCUGAAGACAAUCCCUAAAAGUAUGGGGAAUGUGCCAAAGACUUUGCUAAUUUUUAUAUCCUUACUCAACACAUGAUAUAGUUCAUACAGGAGAGAAAUCCUUCAAGUUUUUUUAGGAAGUUUACUUCUUCAAUCCUUAAAACACAUCAAAUAAUUCAUUCUGACUACAAAUUCUAUGAAUGUGUGAAGUGUGGGCAAAGUCUUUGCUGAUAAUUCAGGUUUUAUCCACAUCUAAUGAAUCCAUAGUGGAGAAUAUUAAGUUAAUUAUGUUGGAAUGUCCACACGAACACCUAACUUCCAAGAGCACGAAUGCUAAGAAUUAAUGCGAGCCACAGGAAUAUGAAAAUAGAAGUCUAGCUGUAUAUAAUAAGUUGUACCUUGACGAAGCCAAGGGUCAGUCAAGUGGGAAAGCCAGUCAGCAAGGUCUAUUGGUGUUAUGUGGCUUAAUACUCAAUUGUGUCUUGCUAUGAAUUCUUUGUGCUCAUAAUUCUCCUAAAGUGUGUGUGUGUGUGUGUGUCUCCUUUUCAAAGCACCUGAAUAGUCAAGUAGACAGAACCUUCUGCCUCUGAGUGCCAGGCCCCCUCUUUUGUUUUGGGUAUCUGCCAUUUGCAAAUACCCUCCUUGAGCUACUUCCUAAGAUAAAGUCAACCCCAAACAAAGUCUUAAAAGACAAGCAAGCAACAGACAGUUACCAGGUCAUCUGUUAGCUGUCAGUACUCUUCUCCCCACCUCAGCCCAUCAGGAAACUGGUGACAGAGGAAAAAGAUGACAGUUUUAACUUUUAGUGACCUACAGACUUUGCCUACCCUAUUACCUGUAAGUCUAUAGUUGAUAGAUUUAUAAUGCCUUCGCCUUACCACAAUAAGGAUAUAUUUCUAGCACUUAAAUUCCUUUUCUGAUUUAUCCCAACUGCUAACUGACUCCACUCUUGUCUCUCCCCUUUUGGGUUGCAAAUAAAAUUGCCAGGAAUCCUCUAUUGGGGACCCCAUACAAUCUUAUGCUGUAUACAAAAUAUAAGGUGUUACUGUCUAGGAUCAGAUAUAGACCAGUCCUGGGGGAAGGGGAGGAAGGAAGGAAGGACAGACUGAAGGAUGGAGAACUAGGAAUGGAGGGAAUGAAGAAUUGAGGGAACUAGGAAGUGAAGAUUGAAGGGUUGAGGAAUUGAGGAACUGAAGAUUAGAGGGAAUUAAGAAUUGAGGGAACAAGAAGGGAACUAAGGAAAUAGAGAUCUGAGAGAGUUGAACUGGUGACUGCAUGAUGGUAACUGAGGAAUAAAUGAAUUGAACUAAAGAGCUCCAAGCAACUGGAUUUAUUCCCACGCCAUUGGAAGUGUCUUUCCUGGGCCCCUGGAUUUGUAUAAAUUUAAGGCUGGACCUUGAAUAUUAUAGAACAAAGAAUGUCAUUAGAGAAGAGACUUCUCUUUGUUGUAACCCCCAACAGUUGGAUCAAGCGAUAUGUUUGAUUAAUGAGUCCCUUUCUUCUGCAACUAUAAGUAUUCCAUGAAACCUUUACCAUGUCAUAACUUUGUCCAUUGAGUGCCUGGAAUCUGAGAUUUGGGCUGUGUCAUAGUUACUGUUGUUUUUCCCAGUGGAGUCAUCCAAGCUCCUGUAAUAUCUCCCCUUGGUGUGUAAGAAUCUCUGUCUCUCUAGCAGUAUCUAGCUCCUGAAUCCUUAUUGGUAAAAUAAAAGGAUAGAGAGUUAGUUAAAACUACAGGAAGACUCUUCCAGUCUUAGGCCUCAGCAUCAAGGCAGCAGCUGCAGAGACACAGUCAUCAGCUGAGGCAGAGAUGUCAUCAGGUGCAGCUGCUGUGCCUCAUAUAAAAAACAACAGUGCCCAUAGAGCAAUAAUAAUGGGGAAGUUAUGAGAGGAACCAAUUAUUUUCUGAUUGGAUUUAAAGCUUAUCCACAAACAGUUACUGGUGUGAUGUUAAUUUGGUGAUAUACUUUUGCUUGGCUAGGUGAUAAGCCCUAGGGAGAAUUUAAUGCUGUUAUUCUAAUAAGUGGAUACUAACUAAAUGAACCCAAGUUAUCUUUACACGUACAGAGUCAAUCACCUUUCAACACCCACCAGACAAUAUUAUAUGGUGUGAUAGAUGAAGUGUGGGAGCCCAAAACGCACUCAGUUUCCCAGUUUUAAUCUGAAGUCUAUUCUUAGUCAAUAGAGUUCAAGCUUGCUUGCUCCAGGGUUGUGAGAAUGUCCUGAUUAGCCCACAGGAAGGCACUCACUAUCUAGCUAGACACAGGCUGCUGAUGCCAGCCGGAGGUACAUCGAGAUAGAAAAUGAAACUGCCUGCUCCUUGACACAAGGCAGGACAGAUAGUGGUUGAAUGCCUGUGCUGUGCAUUGUUCUACCUCUGUCCUUCAAGACUGUGUAUAAGCUGGCUGUGAAAUAAACAAGGGACUGUCGGGCAUUGA